AUGAGGGGCAGAAGCGGCACCCUGGGCACCUGCCUGGCAGAAGCACCGGGGUCGGGAGGCGAUGGCUCGGACACACGGUUGUGUAGCCUUAAGAAAACACAGGAGGGGACCUCAGCACAGGUGCCCUCCCAGGUGCAUCACCCCACGGUCGAUGUCAGUGGAAAGUCACAGAAUGGGAUGUCAUUCUUGGAAAAGAAAAGUGACCCGAGAGAGGCUGAUCUCCUCCUCCACAGCGACAACAAAGUGCUUCUGUAUGCGAAGGAACUGGUGGGAAGAAACUCAGCCUCUGUGGCUGCUCCAAGGAAGGCCGAGGGUCUGUGCGCUGCUUCUGCAGAAAAGUGGCUUGCUGGCAUGUCCCAUGGCAGCAGGGAAGCUCUGGGGAGGGAUUGGCCAGAAAGAGGGCACAGAGUCACGGACAGCCUCAUAGGAGAUGCCUGGGCAUCAGGAUGGCUAGGUCACCCACAACUGUGGGAGGUGGGAGUUGCUAAGGGGGAACCAGCAAGGGCUUUUCCUGAGGGUCAGGGUGCUGAGUUGGGUCUCUCUCACCCACGAUCAGAGCUGUCUGCGAGGCCACACGCCCAUGCUGAAGUUCUCCCGGAGGAAGAGACCAGGUGUGUUUCCUGUGACCUUGUGAAGCUAGUGUUUUCAGAGCAAGCAAUAGGAUACAAGAAAGUGCUUCCAUGUCUAAAAAGUACCUCACUUGCUCCACAGACAACACUGGGGUUACCGGCUCUACGACCUUUCCAGUUAGCAAAUCCCUUAUGCCAGAGCUAA